AUGUCCUCCCGCAGCCCCCGGCCCCCGCCCCGCCGCUGCCGCCGCCGCCUGCCGCGCCCCUCCUGCUGCUGCUGCUGCUGCCGCCGCUCGCACCUCAACGAGGACACCGGCCGCUUCGUGCUGCUGGCGGCGCUCAUCGGCCUCUACCUGGUGGCGGGCGCCACGGUCUUCUCGGCGCUGGAGAGCCCCGGCGAGGCAGAGGCGCGGGCGCGCUGGGGCGCCACGCUGCGCAACUUCAGCGCGGCGCACGGCGUGGCCGAGCCGGAGCUCCGCGCCUUCCUCCGGCACUACGAGGCCGCGCUGGCCGCCGGCGUCCGCGCCGACGCGCUGCGUCCGCGCUGGGACUUCCCCGGCGCCUUCUACUUCGUGGGCACCGUGGUGUCGACCAUAGGUUUCGGCAUGACCACGCCGGCGACGGUGGGCGGCAAGGCCUUCCUCAUCGCCUACGGGCUGUUCGGCUGCGCAGGCACCAUCCUGUUCUUCAACCUCUUCCUGGAGCGCAUCAUCUCGCUGCUGGCCUUCAUCAUGCGUGCGUGCCGCGAGCGCCAGCUACGCCGCAGCGGCCUGCUGCCCGCCACCUUCCGCCGCGGCUCGGCGCUGUCCGAGGCCGAGAGCCUGGCCGGCUGGAAGCCCUCCGUGUACCACGUGCUGCUCAUCCUGGGCCUGUUCGCCGUGCUGCUGUCGUGCUGCGCCUCGGCCAUGUACACCAGCGUGGAGGGCUGGGACUACGUGGACUCGCUCUACUUCUGCUUCGUCACCUUCAGCACCAUCGGCUUCGGCGACCUGGUGAGCAGCCAGCGCGCCGCCUACCGGAACCAGGGGCUCUACCGCCUGGGCAACUUCCUCUUCAUCCUGCUCGGCGUGUGCUGCAUCUACUCGCUCUUCAACGUCAUCUCCAUCCUCAUCAAGCAGGUGCUCAACUGGAUGCUGCGCAAGCUGAGCUGCCGCUGCUGCGCGCGCUGCUGCCCGGCGCCCGGCGCGCCCCUGGCCCGGCGCAACGCCAUCACGCCGGGCUCGCGCCUCCGCCGCCGCCUGGCCGCGCUGGGCGCCGACGCCGCGGCCCGCGACAGCGACGCCGACGGCCGCCGCCUGUCGGGCGAGCUCAUCUCCAUGCGCGACCUCACGGCCUCCAACAAGGUGUCGCUGGCGCUGCUGCAGAAGCAGCUGUCGGAGACGGCCAACGGCUACCCGCGCGGCGUGUGCGUGCACACGCGCCAGAACGGCUUCUCGGGCGGCGUGGGCGCGCUGGGCAUCAUGAACAACCGUUUGGCCGAGACCAGCGCCUCGCGGUAG